UUUGUUUCAAUUGUUUUGUCUUAAUUUCAAUUGAUUGCUUCUUUUGAACGAUUUGUUUUAAUUUUAUUGUGUUACUUUUAAAUUAUUCUUUCAAUUAUGGAGAGAUUAAAAUCUAUUGACAUCUCGUUGAGCUAUCGAAUGUUUAAAUUGUGGCCCAAAGGACAAAAUUGUCGGUUCAUUUUAUCGGCCCUUGAGUGGUCCUGCCACGGAAUCCCUUGGUUUGUCGGGGUAAUCAUUGCGAUCUAUAUUUGGCCUAAUAGUAAACUGUUGGCCCAAUUGUUGGCUGGUUUGUUACUCGAUUUGAUAACCAUUGCGGUGACUAAAGCUCUUACUAGAAGACGUAGACCAAGUUAUGCCAAUCAAGAAGAUCAAAUGAUUGUCGCCUCGGUGGAUAAACACUCGAUGCCCUCAGGUCAUGCUUCCAGAGCGAUUUAUGUUGCCCUUUUAUUAAACAGCGAUUCGUUUUCAUCACUAUUGGUUUGGAUAUGGGCUGGUUCGGUUUGUUUAUCAAGAAUAUUCUUGGGAAGACAUCAUAUUCUCGACGUUGUUGUUGGUUUUCUUUGUGCUUACAUUAUUUUCACUCUACAAUUUAGUUUUGGUGGUUUUCUCAAUAAAAUCGUCGUCUGGAUUUUACUUCAUCAAUUUAGCAAUACAAAUGAUCUGAGUACCGCUGAAAGUAUUGGUCCAACUGUUGAUUAACCUUAAAUUGCGUUGAAUUUAUCAGGAAAAUGUCAAUCUGAGGAAAGGAAAACAUUUACAAAGGUCACCAUGACAACUUUUGUUGUUACAACUUGAAAUCUUAAUUGUAUACACAAGAAAAUAUUAAUAGUUUCAAGAUCUGAAAAGGAAUAUAGUUGAUUACUCAAAUCUAUUUAUUUUUAAUUCUGAUUGUAUUUUUAUCAACCAUUAAAUUGUAUUUUCUAUUGUUCCAAA